AUGAAAUUAAGUAUCUUUUGUAUUUUUGUUGUAAUUUUAUUAACAAUUUAUAAAAUCAAUGCUGAUAUUUGCCAAAAUUGUUUAAAUAAAGGUGACUUGUGCACAGGUUUAUUUUCUGAAACUUUAAAUAACGGAGGUGUAGUUGAUUCCUAUAAAUUUAUUGGAAAUUGUAAAUCUGGAUUAGUAUGUGGUCCAGUAAAUACUACAAAUGUAAUUCCAAAUAAAGUAAAUUGGAUAUGCAGAGAGUAUGGUAAAAAAGAUAGAUCAUGUUUUAAUGGAUUACAAUGUGAAUUUGGAUUAGUAUGUAAUCGUAAACAAAUUUGUAUUCAAGGUAAUUUCACUCAAUUGGGUGAUGGAUGCGUUCGUGAUUCAGAUUGUUCUGGAUAUUUCCCAAAAUGUAUAAAUGAAAUUUGUCAAAAAUAUAAAAAUCAAUGUUUUACAAAUAAUGAUUGUGCAUAUAAUCAAUUAUGUGAUUCAAAAUUAAAUCAAUGUGUUGAUUAUUUAUUUGAAGGUGAUAAAUGUAAUCAAGAUUCUGAUUACUGUUUCACAGGUUUAAAAUGUCUUUCAAAUAAAAUUUGUGGUAAAGAAUACUUAUCAUUAGGUAAACAAUGUUCUUUAACAAAUUCUCAAUGUGAUACUUCAAAAGGAUAUUAUUGUUCACCAAAUUCGUUAGUGUGUGAAAAAUUUGUUGCACCAAAUUCAAUGAAUUGUAGUGAUGGAAUAGAGUCAAAUCAAUGUGGUGAAUAUUAUGGAUGUAGUUGUGAUGGAAAAUGUUACCAAAAUAAGCCAACACCAAUUCAAACUACACCAUAUCAAACAUUGGUUGAUUGCGCUUAUGAUAAUAAAUGUCAAAUGAUUAAUAAUAUUAAUUCAAAUCAGUCAUGUGUUUUCCAAAAAUGUCAAACAGAAUUAUGUGAAUAUAAAAAAUUAUAUUAUCAAAAUUCAAAAAUUACUUGUGAUAGUGAAUUUUUAAUUUCUCAAUAUUGUUCUAAUAUUAUUGAUAAUAAUUAUUCAAUUAAAAUUUCAAUUCCAACUUUUACAAUUUUAUUAAUUUUAUUAAUUAAUUUAUUAUUCUAA